AGUGUUUGGCAAAGAGCAAGUCCACAGCCUGGAGACGCCUUUCUUCUAUUGAAUAUUAAUGCCUAUUAUAAACCCAAAUUGCGCUAAGUUCAAUUUAAUAUCCCUGACUGGUAAUGUAAGAGCCCGAGCCAUAAAUAGAUUAAUCUUGAAUUUACUGUGCGCAAGUGGCGCGCGCGAUGUGGGGCAAUGCCGUGGCUCCAGACCUGUGGGAUGCAGCUCGUGAACUUUUUUGUUGAUGUUGGUGCUGCAUAAAUAUUCAAAACGUUGUGAACCCGCGACUGAUGAGACCUGUGGCUGAACCUAAAGGUCUAUACAAGACAGUCCUCCUUGUCGUGGGAGACAAAGUGAGCAGAUCCCGUGAGCGGUUCCCACGCGCGGCAGCUCGCGUGCCGUUUUUCUGUUACGUAUGCGGACAAAACGCCGCGGCUGCGCAAGCCUCGCGCACACUGGUCCGCAGUGGCGGGUUGCGCGUGUGCGUUUGCGCGCACGCGGGUGCUGUUGUAAUUUCACGUCACAUCAAGUUUGAUCAGGGGUCUCGCGCGGUCCGAUUGGAUGAUCCGUCUUCGCUGUCCUGAAUCGAGAAGCUAUGCUCGUAGCCCAAAUGAACCUUCAGGGGAUCGCGUGAGGGAGUCGGUGCACAUCUGGCGAAUUGUAUCGUCGCCCUCGCGCCCGCUCUGGAUGUUGCGCGUGAGCUGAAGAAUUUUAGAGGUCGGAGAAAAAUGCGGCGGCGAGCGCACGCGAGCCUCCUGCUCCUGCCAUGGCUGAUACUGCAAACACACGCAGGAUUUCCUAAUCAGAUCAAUAUCGGGGGUCUCUUCAUGCGCUCAGCGGUCCAGGAACACAGCGCGUUCCGCUUCGCUGUUCAGCUCUAUAACACCAACCAGAACAUCACUGAGAAACCCUUUCAUCUGAAUUACAACGUGGAUAAUCUCGAGUCAUCCAACAGUUUCUCUGUCACGCACGCGUUCUGUUCUCAGUUCUCCAGGGGUGUGUAUGCAAUAUUUGGAUUCUACGAUAGGAGGUCAAUGAACACAUUAACGUCGUUCUGUGGAGCUCUGCACACCUCCUUCAUCACUCCAUCAUUUCCCACGGACACAGAUGUGCAGUUUGUUUUGCAGAUGAGGCCAAGCCUCAAGGGGGCGCUGCUCAGCUUGCUAGCCCAUUACAAGUGGGAAAAGUUUGUCUAUCUGUACGACACUGACAGAGGGUUUUCCAUCCUACAGGCCAUAAUGGAGUCUGCAGUGAUGAAUAAUUGGCAAGUAACAGCUCGUUCAGUGGGGAACAUAGUGGAUCCGCUGGAAUACAGACGUAUUAUUGAAGAAAUGGACCGCCGUCAGGAGAAGCGUUUCCUUAUUGACUGUGAGGUCGAACGUAUUAACAGUAUUCUGGAGCAGGUCCUGAUCUCAGGAAAGAACAGUCGCGGAUAUCAUUACAUCCUGGCUAAUCUUGGUUUUUCUAACAUGAGUUUGGAUAAGGUGUUUUCGGGUGGCGCUAACAUAACUGGCUUUCAAAUCAUAAACCCGGAAAGCCCAAUCGUGCAGCAGUUCCUCCAGCGGUGGGACCGACUCGACGAGAGAGAGUUUCCAGAGUCUGCAAACACUCCACUGAAGUACACCUCUGCCCUGACUCACGAUGCCAUCCUGGUAAUAGUUGAGGCAUUUCGAUAUUUGAGACGUCAGCGUGUAGAUAUUUCCCGCCGAGGGAGCGCGGGCGAUUGCCUCGCCAAUCCGGCUGUUCCUUGGAGCCAGGGAAUCGACAUUGAGAGAGCUCUCAAAAUGGUACAGGUUCAGGGUAUGACAGGAAAUAUUCAGUUUGAUUCGUUCGGGCGGCGAUUAAAUUACACCAUUGAUGUUUAUGAGAUGAAACAUGGUGGACCAAGAAAGAUUGGCUACUGGAAUGAAUAUGAGAAAUUUGUUUAUAUAGUGGAGCAGCAGGUUACCAACGAAUCCUCCUCUGUGGAUAACAGAACCAUUGUGGUCACUACUAUUAUGGAAGCUCCAUAUGUAAUGUACAAGAGGAAUUAUAUGCAGUUGGAAGGGAAUGAUCGGUAUGAGGGCUACUGUGUAGACUUGGCAUCAGAAAUCGCCAAGCACGUGGGCAUAAAGUACAAACUGUCCAUUGUGGCCGAUGGAAAGUAUGGAGCGCGUGACCCCGAGACCAAGACCUGGAAUGGCAUGGUGGGAGAGUUGGUGUAUGGGAGAGCAGAUAUAGCGGUGGCUCCCCUCACGAUAACCCUAGUACGGGAGGAGGUGAUAGAUUUCUCCAAGCCAUUCAUGAGUCUGGGCAUUUCCAUCAUGAUCAAGAAGCCACAGAAGUCUAAACCUGGAGUCUUCUCAUUCCUGGACCCGCUGGCCUAUGAGAUCUGGAUGUGUAUCGUGUUCGCAUACAUUGGUGUCAGUGUGGUCCUUUUCCUGGUGAGUCGUUUUAGUCCAUACGAAUGGCACCUAGAUGAAAACGAAGAAGUGAAGGAUCCGCAGACGCCGCCCGACCCGCCCAACGACUUCGGCAUCUUUAACAGUCUCUGGUUCUCACUUGGAGCUUUCAUGCAGCAAGGAUGCGAUAUCUCACCAAGGUCUUUGUCUGGGCGUAUAGUUGGAGGUGUUUGGUGGUUCUUCACUCUAAUCAUCAUUUCAUCCUACACUGCAAAUCUGGCCGCUUUCCUGACUGUGGAAAGAAUGGUGUCGCCUAUAGAGAGUGCGGAAGACCUGGCCAAGCAGACCGAAAUCGCCUAUGGAACCCUGGACUCCGGCUCCACCAAAGAGUUUUUCAGGCGUUCAAAGAUCGCCGUCUACGAAAAGAUGUGGUCAUAUAUGAAGUCUGCCGAGCCGUCUGUGUUUGUGAAAACGACCCCGGAUGGAGUGGCUCGUGUGCGCAAGUCAAAGGGAAAGUUUGCGUUCCUGCUCGAGUCUACGAUGAACGAAUACAUCGAGCAAAGAAAGCCAUGUGACACUAUGAAGGUGGGAGGGAACCUGGACUCCAAGGGCUACGGCGUGGCCACGCCCAAAGGGUCGGCAUUAAGAAGUGCAGUUAACCUGGCGGUGUUAAAGCUGAACGAGCAGGGCCUCCUGGACAAGCUGAAAAAUAAAUGGUGGUACGACAAGGGAGAAUGCGGCAGCGGGGGAGGGGACUCGAAGGAUAAGACCAGCGCGCUGAGUCUGAGUAACGUGGCUGGCGUGUUUUAUAUUCUGGUGGGGGGUCUGGGUCUCGCCAUGACUGUGGCACUGGUGGAGUUCUGCUAUAAGUCGCACCAGGAGACCAAACGCCUCAAACUCGUCAAAAAUGCCCAGAACUUCAAACCAGCGCCUCCAUCCACUGCACAGAGUUUUACUACUUACAGAGAGGGAUAUAAUGUCUAUGGAACAGAGAGCGUCAAGAUAUAAUGAUUGGAAUUCUGUCCCUGGCUGAACAUAACGUAUGUGGCAUGGGUUAGAUUCUCUGUCUGACUGCACUUCCCUUUAGAAAGUGGACACGCUGUCAUUCAAACCUCUUCAGAACCUUUUUUCUCUUCAUUGACCACAACCUGAACCAAUAAUCAAGCGACGGACUAUCGGAUUGAGCAACCCACCGACCCUCUCUCAGUGCCUUACGAAACCAGUGGCAGAACAUCAAAAUAUGCAGGCCAUCUCACCAAAGUCCUGGUGAUGGCUUGCUGGGUGCUGGGUCUGAAUUUAAAUGAAUCUGAUUAGGAGAGGGAAAGACAAAGGAGGGAGUGAGACACACAGAGAGAGAGAGAGAAGGUUUGAUUUGGUUUAUCUCAUGCUCUGUGAUGACAUGAGUGACAGCCAGCUUGUCUCCAUGACAACUCACACCAGAAGGGAUAUCUGCUGUAAAAAUGUAUGCAAACUGCAGAAAACAUUUUUUAAUGAGUUUGUUUGUUCAUUUGUCGAAAAGCUGUCCUGUGAUUUAGUGUUCCUAACAUUGUGUCAUGCAUAAUUUUAGAUCUAUUCUGGCAUCUAUUGUCAAUAUUUUGCCCUCUUCGCAAUUUCUUCAGAGUGUUUUUACUUUGGUUUAGAGAGAGUGUUUUACUGUAUGUGCAUGUGUGUGUGAGAGAAUAUAACGCAGUCUUCCUCCUGUAAACCAGGGUGUUGGACUUUAAAUUUACUUUAUCCUGUAAAAGAGAGAUAUUAACAACAGCACAUUCAACAAGCAACAGGUUAAACAAACACAUUUUUUACUAUCGUAGUUGAGAGGUAACUGUUUUCUAAUUUAGAAAAGUUUAGUAAGAUUAAGUUUAAAUCCAUCUUGAAUAGUUUGUAAUCAUUUAAAGUUAAAUUAUUUUAAUUUACAAUACUACAUUACUGUGAUGUCUAUGGGGAAAUACAAUCUCUGUUCAUCGUACUGAUGAAAAAAGAGAAAACAUGACUCUUUAGUUUUAUAAAUCCAGAUGAUGACACUACUGUAUGUUUAAAUUGUUUAACAUUUCUUUAGGUGGUCAAAUGCACAUUUUUUAAAGGGUUUUAUAUAACUGAUUUCUGUUUAAUUUCUAAGUAAAGUUGCAUGAGUGAUAAAAAAACUGUUUCCUAUUAACGAGACCUCCCCGGCCCACCCUUAUUUACCCCUGACCUGCUCCUUUGAUACCCCUCUCCCUUAAAACCUCUGCUGUUCCUUUAUCCUGAUUCAGUUAAACAAAUAAAUAAAGAGGCAGAAUAGAAAUACAAAACGAUCGAGAUACAUUCUAAAAACAACAAUAUCUUCUUCUUGCAUGACUGCAUCCAACUAUUAAACAUUUGAGUUUAUUUUGUAAAUAAAAGCAGAUUUAAGAUAAAUCAAAUCUGACUGAUGUGUGAUUUCUGUUUUAAUGUACAA